AUGUCUUUCAAAGAUUGUUCUAAAGCCCUAGAGUACUUGAAAUCGUACGAGGAGAAGGAUGGGUUGUCCGCGGAGCAGCUCAUGGACUCCAACAUCAGAGGCGGUCUGACCUACAAUGACUUUCUGAUCCUGCCCGGCAAGAUCGACUUCCCUUCGUCGGUGGUCAACUUGCAGACCAAGAUCACCAAGAAGAUCACGUUGAACACGCCUUUCGUGUCCUCGCCUAUGGACACUGUGACAGAGUCCGAGAUGGCCAUCCAGAUGGCGCUGCUCGGUGGUAUUGGUAUCAUCCACCACAACUGCUCGCCCGAGCAGCAGGCUGCGAUGGUGAGAAAGGUCAAGAAGUUUGAGAACGGGUUCAUCAACUCGCCUAUCGUGGUGAGCCCCACCACCACGGUCGCCGAGGCCAAGGCCAUGCGCGCCAAGUUCGGCUUCUGUGGUUUCCCAGUGACUGAAUCCGGUUCUUUGCCAAGCAAGCUGAUCGGUAUCGUCACCUCUCGUGACAUUCAGUUCAUCGAGGACGACACCCUAACCAUCGCCGAGAUUAUGACCAAGGACCUGGUUACCGCCAACGUCGGUGUCACCCUGUCGGAGGGUAACGAGAUCCUGAAGAACACCAAGAAGGGUAAGCUGCCAAUCAUCGACAAGGACGGCAACCUGGUCUCCAUGUUGUCCAGAACUGACUUGAUGAAGAACCAGUCCUACCCUCUCGCCUCCAAGUCUGCCACCACCAAGCAACUUCUGUGUGGUGCCUCCAUCGGCACUAUCGAUGCUGACAAGGAUAGAUUGUCUCUGAUGGUCAAGGCCGGUCUAGACGUUGUUGUCGUCGACUCCUCCCAGGGUAACUCCAUCUUUCAGUUGAACAUGAUCAAGUGGAUCAAGGAGACCUACCCGGACCUACAGAUCAUCGCCGGUAACGUCGUCACCAGAGAGCAGGCCGCUUCUCUGAUCCAAGCCGGUUGCGACGGUUUGAGAAUCGGUAUGGGUUCCGGUUCCAUCUGUAUCACCCAGGAAGUCAUGGCCUGUGGUAGACCUCAGGGUACCGCCGUCUACAACGUCACCAAGUUCGCCAACCAGUUUGGCGUCCCAUGUAUGGCUGACGGUGGUAUCGGUAACAUCGGUCACAUUGUCAAGGCUUUGGCCUUGGGUGCCUCCUGUGUGAUGAUGGGCGGUAUGCUCGCAGGUACCACUGAGUCUCCAGGUGAGUACUUCUUCCAGGACGGUAAGCGUCUGAAGACUUACCGUGGUAUGGGUUCCGUCGACGCCAUGCAAAAGACCGACAAGAAGGGCAACGCCUCCACUUCCCGUUACUUCUCCGAGUCCGACAAGGUCUUUGUCGCUCAGGGUGUCUCCGGUGCUGUUGUUGACAAGGGUUCUAUCAACAAGUUCAUUCCUUACCUGUACAACGGUCUGCAGCACUCUUGCCAGGACAUUGGUGUUAGAUCCUUGACGGAAUUGAGGGAGCAGGUCGACAACAGCACCAUCAGAUUCGAGUUCAGAACUGCUUCUGCUCAACUCGAGGGUGGUAUUCAGAACUUACACUCUUACGAGAAGCGUCUGCACAACUAA